UAGGUGAUUUGCCAAAGUAAUUCUGAUAUUACUUCUUAUGAUAGAGAUAAAUAGCUAGUUGGUAUUCAUUUAUUCUUAUGUGUUGAUGGUAGCCACAUGUUUAGUUGUACGCAUUAUACUAUUGCAUUAUAUUUGAUUUUUACAUCGAUUUGAUUCCAAGGUCUAAAGCUAAAAUAAACGGAAAGUCCCGAUCGGUAGGAUUCCACACUCCUGUGAUGGCUACGUACACAACUGCAACUUAUCCAUCACAAAUGGAUAAUUUUAGAUCAAAUGGACAGUCUCCAAACUGUGAAACAAAAAGACAGAGUUCCUCAGGAUCAGAUUCACCGCGGGGGCAUGUUGGAUUUACAAAUCACCGAGAUGAAGAAAAAGAAAAACGUCAAAAAUAUUUAACAGCACGUUACGGACAGCACCAAAUGACGUUGAUUAGAAAACGUUUAGCAGUUGAAGAUUGGUUGUAUGAAAAGUUACGAACAUUACAUGAUUGUAAGAUUGAUACAGAUGAUCAUGAUUGUGAAUUAGAUUUAGAAGAAGUUUUGAAUUUAGACACAGACCAAGAAAGACGGAACUAUAUUCAGGAAGAAAUUAAGAAUGCAAAAGUGUCACAAGAAGAUGUAAAUGUAUUUAUAGAAGAACUGCUGCGAAAAGCCUCUACAUUAUAGACAUGUGACAGUGUAUUUAAAAAUUGUCUCAGAGGCAGUGUAACUGGAUUAUGUGAGAACCAGUACAUUUGUCUGAGGAAAUGUGAAUGAAUUAUGUGAGAAGCAGAUUUUAUUGUGUCAUAUGAUCUCUUCAAGUAUGAAUGUGGAUCAGUAUGAGUGAUCAUGAUUGGAAUAGCUGACAAAUUUUUUUAAUUUUACGUUUAGUGGUGUUAUCUGAAGUUUUUACGGCUUCUUUAUGAUUUUUAUACAUGCUAACUAGUCUAAACAAAUACAGAGAGUAAAAAUAGUAAAAUAUGAUCAAAAAGAUCCUUGUUCAAUUUUUUUAUAUAGUAUAUUAAUGUGCACAUAAACAAUUAUAAGUCUUUCAGAUUUUUUUAGUAGCUCCUGCAUGCCUUAACUAAAUUAUCUGUAAUUUCUUGAUCAGUUGCAGAGUUUAAUCAUUUUGAAACAUAAGCAUCUGAGUCUUGAACAGAGAUAAAACAAAAAUAUGAAGGAUCAGAAAAACAAAAAAAGAGUCAAAGAAUUAAAAUUUAGGAAAUGUAGUAGAAAGAUGAGAAUACAAAAAUUUGAACAUUUCUUCCUAUUUCUAUUCUUGGGAAAAGGAAAAAAAGGUUCCCUGUUCUGAAUCCCAAUCGUUUAAUUGUAUCGUUAAUAUUUUGAAAUGAAAAUAUCAUAUUCAGUUUUAUAAUUAGUUUCAAGAUGCGGCAAUGGUUAUCCCAAUGAUGAACAAUGCACUAUUUCUAAGUACCAAAUUGUCUUGUUUCUAUAGUAACUAAAUGUGUAUAGUACACAAUGAUUAUUAAGUUCCACCUUUUCAAUAGUAUAAACUUUAAGGUGGAGUGGGAAGGGAACCUUUUAUUAAAUAACACUAAAUCUUUUUCAAUUGAAUACUUUAUAAACUCAGGAUUUUAAAAAAACAGGAGAAAUUCUCACUCCGUCCUAUUGUAUGUUCUAUGAAGAGAGGGUUUAUUACCAUGAUGCGUGUGUGCCAAUUUAUAAUGAAAUGUUUUAUUUUUUGUUAUUUAGGCUGUGUUGGAAUAUAAAGAGUGCUUGUGUUUGAAAAAUGUAAUUAAUAUAAAGAUGGCAACAAUUUUUUUGGUGUUUAUAUUAUAUUUUUAUCCAUUUCAUCUUGUAAACAUAUUACCUUUGAAUAUACAGGUAGUGGACAAAAGUGAGUUCCCACUCAAAAAAUGUCCUAUCAUUUCAACUAAAAUCGAUAUUUUUCAAAAAAAUAAAAUUGAAGUAACUACAUGACCGAUUUAUAUAAAAUAAAUACAUACCAUAAGAUGCAGAAAUGUCUGAAGUUUUAUUGCUUAUUUGGCUAUGGUUUUUGUGAAGAUUGUUUUCAUUUUCUGAUGGGUUAACACAUGCAAAUUUUUACGAUUUUAUUUUGGUUAGAAUGCAUAGCAAACUUUUCCAGAAAUAUUUUUUUGUGUGUUCACCCCAUCAGAAUAUAAAAGUUAGUCUGAUUGAUAUUAUGGCCAAACAUACAAAUAAAUUUUAAACAUUGCUACAUCUUAUGGUAUUUAUUUUAUAAAUUUCGCUCUUAAAGUUAUAAUGUAUUUUUUUUUUUGAAAAAUAUCGAUUUUAGUUGAUAUAAUGGGACAUUUUUUUAGUGGGAACUCACUUUUGUCCACUAUCUGUAUGUGUAUUGUGUGUUUUUUUUUUUUAUUAGAUAGAAAAGAACUCUUAUUUCUUUUAAACAAAUAGUUUUAUAAAUAGGGUUUUGUGCCAAACUUUUAUUCUUUUUUUUUGUGUUUCUUUUCAGAAGGAAAUCCUUGUUUUUCUAAUUCAAUAUGUUUAGAUGACUCUCAGGUAAACAAAGCUUUUAGCCCAUUAAACAACUUUUUGGCAUUGAAAGAUUACACAAAUAUUCUACCCAUAUGAGGUCAAAUUAGAAACUACUUCAAGCAGCAAAUAAUUUAAAAUAGAAAUUUAUAUAUUUGAAAAUGAAGGACAGGAAAAACGAAAAAUAUGUUGUCUCUGAAAAAGGACCAAGGGGAGACAAUUCAAGUUAUUUCCCCUUGGAUAUAUAAAAAGCAAUUAAGGGUGGCAUUUUUGUUAUCUUCCUGAGAAUGGUUAUAAAAGUUAAAUUUUGGAUAACUUAUUAUUUUGUUCAGCUUUAUUUUAUUUAACAAUAAUUACUUGUGCUGGUGUUAAUUUUUUUGGCAUCCUAAGUUUAUAUUUUUCUUUGGUUUUUCUCCUUAACAAUGCCAUUACCAACAUUUAUGCAAUAUUUUUUGAUCCCUUGAUAUUGAUGAAGAGGAACUAUUUUGUUCCAUUUUAAUGCUAGAGUUUUUUAGUAAUUGUGUUCUAGUCACUAGUUUUGUGUGACCAAUUUGAUGAUUCAUUUGAACAUUGUAUGAUAUGUAGAUUAUCUAGUUUUGUGAAUUUUUAUCGAUGAAAUGUUCACAUUUUAUAUUGCUAAUUAUAAGUACUGCAGUUGCAGGUUUCUAUUAAAGGGAGAAGGAAUUUGUUUAUAAUUUUUUUAUUUAUCAUGUGGGUUUUUUAUUUGAUCAUAGAGGCAGGGAAAAGGGAGGUAAUCCUUUAACCAGAACAAACAAUUUAAUGUUUUUUUUGUUUUGGAUGACAGCAUAUAAUUAUACAUAAAAAGUUAGCUAUGAACACUGUGCAUUUCUGAAGACUCCAAAGGUAAAAAAAAUGUCAUAAUAAACAUGUAUAUUUAUCUAGUGACCAAAGACAGGAAUAUUAUGAAAUUGCUUAUGGUUCUUAAAUACAAAUACAUCGUCUUUUAGAAAUUUAUUCAUUGUGAAAGUUUAAUCUUUUGGUUAAUACCAAAUUGUUUGUCUAUAACUUUAGAAAAUGUCCUAUGUACAUGAUGCAAAAGUCUAAAUUUCUUACACAAGUAGCAGUUUGGUAAUUAAUGUAAGCUGAGAUCUUAAAUCAUUAUUUGUGUUCACAACUACACCAUGUAUAAAGGUUCUCGAAUUUAAUGGUUGUUAAGCUUAAUUUUGCAUUUUAAAAUUUUUUAACAAAAUUCACUUAUAGCAUUUCAUUUUGCAUUUUUGCUUUUGCCAUCAAAUAUUUAGUUGUAUGACGUCUUAACUUUAUCCGAAUUGAAACUUUUUCAAUGAAUUACCUUUACAGAAGUUCUUUCAUAGCUACGUUUAAUAUAAAAACUCAGGAAUUAUUUACCUGAUAAAUAAUUUCUACUUUAAUAAUACAAAAGAUUUUUUUUAUUGUAAAUGCUUCUAUAUGUUGUCGUUAAAAAGUAACAAUCAAAAUAAAAAUAUAAAAUGUAAUUUAUGCAAUAGCACCAAAUUUUAAAACACCAUUUAUAAAAAUAUGAUUUUUUUAAAUAUGAAUGGAUUAUACCAGUGUUUUUUUAAGGUCAUACCAUAAGUCAAGUAUAAAGUUAGUGUUCUUGGCAUAGCAUGGUUAAAUGUCAACCUUGUAAGAGUUUUCAGUUUAAAGCAAUACAAAAAUAAACUGCUGUAAAUACUUAUUAUUAUUUUUAUUAAACAUCUCAAACACAAAA